AUGACUUGUGACCCUUUUCUGCUAAGUGUAAGGCCUGAGGAGGAUCCUGAGGGUGGUAACUUCUCAGAGGAGAGCAGUGGCAGGGGUGAUGACAACAGUGUCUUAGGAGGUGACAGCACAGUCACAGGGCCCCUGAGUGCAGUGCUGCUGGUCAUGUGCCUCGUUGGCAUGGCGGGCAAUAUCUACACGCUGGUGGUGGCCUCUGGCGGCGUCACGGGCCGCUCAGCAGGCUCCUUGGGAGUCUAUGUGCUCAACCUUGCACUGGCUGAUUUCCUGUACCUCUCCACCAUCCCCUUCGUGGUCUGCACCUACUUUGCCCAUGACUGGUUCUUUGGGGAUGUGGGUUGCAGGCUUUUGCUCAGCCUGGACCUCCUCACCAUGCACGCCAGCAUCUUCCUUCUGACUGCCAUGAGCCUCGAGAGAUACUGGGCAGUGACCAGGCCCCUGCAGGCCAGGCGGGCUGGAAACACUUACCGCAAGCUGGCCAGUGCCAUCCUCUGGCUCCUCUCGCUCCUGCUAACGGCCCCCAUGAUGGCGAUGAUCCAGCUGCGGGACCAGGGCGAUCACCACAAGCGGAUCUGCUUCCCCACCUGGACGCCAGAUGCCUUCCGGCUCUACCUCACCGUGCUGUUCGCCACCAGCAUCCUGGUGCCCGGCCUGGUGCUGGGGGUUGUCUAUGCCCGCCUGGCCCAGGCCUACCGCUCCUCCACCUUGGGUCUGGGGCCCCUGGCCCACGCACGGGUUUUGCUCUUCUCCCGAAUCUUCGGCAUUAUUGCGGCAUGCUGGGCCUGCUUCCUGCCCUUCUGGGCCUGGCAACUCACCAGGCUCUACUGUGACGAGGGCCUGGGACUCGGCCCCACUGCCCAGGCCUACCUCAACUUUGGGGUCACUUGCCUGGCCUAUGGCAACAGCUGCGUCAACCCCUUCCUCUACACUCUGCUCACCAGGAGCUACCGCCAGGCCCCUGGCCACAGCGGCAGGAGGCUGCUGGGGCCCUGGGCCCCCUCCCGGGGAACCACACAGGGCACAGCAGGAGAUAAUGGUGUCUCCCUGGUUUGCAAGGAGUUGUCGGCGUCCACAGGGGAACAUGGGCAGGCAGAGAUAAAUGCCCCAGACAGGGGCUUCUCCAAGCUUUUCACUGGGGUCGAGUCCUCCAGGAAGGGAAAAUAA